AUGCCAGCUGUACCAGCAGGUUAUACAAGUGGUGGUCAAAUGAACAAACCAACUUGUUUUGAUCGUGUUAAAAUUGGUUUUGCAAUGGGUUUUACAGUGGGUAUGGUUACUGGAAUUGUUUUUGGUGGUUUCACUGCACUUAGAUAUGGUUUACGUGGUCGUGAACUUCUUUCAACUAUGGGCAAAUCAGUGGUAUCAGCGGGUGGAACUUUUGGAACAUUUAUGGCAAUUGGAAGUGCUAUUCGUUGUUGA